GAGUGAGAACGGACUGUCGUGCGCGCUAUCCUGAGACGCAACAAGUCCAGAAGUAAUGAUAUCAUCUUGUAGAGGAUAAUCCGGAUGAUAAUUGUCUAAAGACAUCGGCGUUAAAGCUUGUAUUGUCGUUCUCGGUUUGAAAGCAAUAUUGUGCCAUAGUGGGGGUACCGAGUCGAUUAUUAGCAAACAAAUCUGGACAUUUCCAAAUACGGGUCAAAUACCAACCAUCUAUUAACAUGGAGAUCAUAUCACAUAACUUACCUGGAACAAGUAGUCAACGAAUGACAAUGGACGACAUCGUAAUCUGUCGAUCAGUCACAUCGCCGAGAUCGUUGAACUCCGCAAACAGUUUUGAUAAUCAAUACUGCAACACUUCUUAUUCAGAGACGAACACGACUUCGAGUGCACCAGUUAGGAGAACUGAAACGAAAUGCAAUGAUGGGCUGUUUCGUGGUAGAUACUCCAAGUUAAAUCGGAGGAAUAUUAUUAUGAAAAAUCAACAACCGUUACGAUCCUCCAGCUUUGAUACGGAAUGGGGGCCAUCAUCUCAUCCCCAGAGUUAUCGCAUCAAAUCCCGUAGAGGAGCUGUAACCUCCGACCUAUCACCCGCUUCAAGCGAAACAUCUGUCGAAGAGAUUCAUGAUCGUAAUGACUCUCCAUGGAAGUUGGCUGAAACGACGAAGACUCCUCAUUCAGCUCCAUGUUCACCCCAACUGCAGCUCAAACCAAGCAGACCGAAUUCAAUGUACGAAGCAGACAUAAACCAGCCUAUAUCUGAAGUUGGCCCAACGCUAGCGUCGGUAGCAGCUGUUCAUCUACAAGAUUUUAUAGAAGCUAGUGCCCAAGGAUUAAACCGCCAUGCAAGUGAACAAGACAAAAAGAGGAAAUUGGGUACCUUAUUCCGAAAAUCAAUCUCGGCAAAAAUUAAGAGAACCCUGGGUAGACAAGACAGCUUCACAGCAGAUAACAUCACCUCUUUAUUCUCAAAAUUCAAGAUCCAUGAUAAAGAUGAGCUAGAAUUUGCAGUCUAUAAGGAUAAGGAUUGGCGAUCUUUUAUGGAAUGGAGUCUGGGACAGUCCGAUCAUAUCAAUCAAGAACCUCUGAGUAAAGAAGAAAUAAAACGACGUGAUAAGGUUUGGGAACUCUUCAAAAGUGAAUGCAUCUACCUCGUCGAUCAUAUUCUCGUUCUAAAAGAGAUUUUUCAAGAACGUCUUCGCUGGUUGCAGUGUGAAGGUCACCUCAUGCACAUUGAAAUGGCGAAACUUUUUGCCAAUCUUGAUGAGUUAUGCGCAGUCAGUACUGAGUUUUGUCGGGAGCUGUUUAGGAAUUUUACAUGUGAUGAAGGUACUACCCAGUUCGCCGGUACACACGCAGUCGUUGCUGCAUUUACAAACUUCUCGAAUCAACUAUGUCCUGCAUACUCUCGAUAUUGUAUGAACUACUCUGGUGCUUUACACUAUCUACAAUUCCUAAGAGAGCAGGAGGAUUUCUUGGAAUUCAUUAAGCUAUGUGAGCAGGAUAAACGAUGCAAACGACUGAAGCUCGUGGAUUUACUAAUCACACCAAUCCAACGGAUCACCAAGUAUUCCUUACUUCUUCGAGACAUCAGGGAUUGUAUUUCAGAUGCUCUCGAACAAGCACAAAUUGAUGUUACCUUACAAAACGUCGAAAGGUCUCUAGACGAAUUGGAAGGCAAAGUAAAAUGGCUGUCCAGCUUUGAGCGUCUCCGAGAGAUCCAGCAAAUGCUUACCUGGCCUGCUGACCAAGAUGGUCCUGAGUCAUCACGAGUGUGUCCAGAGUGUCGACAUUCGAGUGAUGAUGAAUCAACAGAUAACAGCCUUCUUGUGAGCUCUCAGAGAACUCUUAUUCACGAAGGAUCACUUCGAAUGAUCGAUCAUGACAAACAUAUAGACGUCUACGCAUUCCUAUUUGACGAUAUGCUUUUGAUCACAAGAAAACGGCGGAAGUUGGUGACCCGUCGAUCGUUUACUGGAUGCCCUGGUAAUAUUCCAGACCAGAGAUAUCAGUCACCACCUCGUAUCAGAGAUGGAAUCACCUUCGUGGUAUGUAAAGCCCCGAUCAUGCUGGACCAGCUUCACCAGAUAGAUGUAUACCCAGAGAACGAAACGUCAGCUCAUGAUGUUAAGCACAGAAUGGUAUUGGUGAAAACGGACAGAGAUGGACACGUUCCAGAAACUUAUACAUUUGAUUGCACUACAGAACAAGUCAAGCAAACCUGGAUCUUACAUUUGCAACAAUCGCGAAAGAAAUGGGAAAAACGAUACGGAAAGGAAUGAUCCCUGUCAAAACUUGAAAACGGAACGAAACGUGCUACACAAUUUUGCAAAUCUUGCAGUAUACAUACUAUUUUUUCUCUGUUUGUUUUGUACUCUUCGUUUUGAUAAAGAAAAGGUUUAUGUUAAUUUUGUAAAGUAAAACUAGAUUGUUAAAAUAUAACGGUCAAUGCGGGUAAUCUGAGGAUCAGGAAAUACAUAAUGGUCUAAAUGAAGGAAUCGUUGAAGCGAUGGGAUAUAGUAAGCUGCAGUGUUUGGCGCCUCUUCUUACUUCUGACUAGCCUCUUGUCGAGGCCCUGGCGGCUGCCUCCCGAGCGAAGCGAGGGAUAUCCUAAUUAGCGAAGCUGCCAGGGCCUCGACAAGAGGUUAAUAUCUGACGUGCUUGUAAACCGGUGAUGGCUUUGGCGCAGUCACAUUUCCCCUUCGACGGCCGUACAGCGAGUCGAAAACAGCAGUUUUAGUUUGUUUGUACCAUACUUAAAGGUGGCUCGAAUAAAAAUGAUUCUGGGUAGUUUUUAACCAAUAAUGUGUGCUUUGGGUGAAAACUACACAGUUUUGGGGUUGAAAACUACCCAGAGCUGGACGAAUUUGUAAAUCUAUUUUUGUGUGGGCUAUGGAAGCUUCAAAGUGUCACCCAGAAUGAGAUGAUCAUAUAAUCAUCCCGUCGUGUCUACAUUCUAAGGAAAAGGGAUAAGAUGACUAGAUCUCGGAUCUCGUCAUGUAUACAUCUUCAUAAGGG